CCUCUGCAUACUUGCCAUGACAGUUGUGUUAGGACUAGUCCUAUAUUUUAUGUAUUCAUGGUCAGCACACAGCAGGUCAGCCAAAAUCGAGGUAUCUAAGAGGUACAUGGGGAAAGCAGGGCGAACCACAUGGGAAGAGGGGCUGAUCAAGACAGGGAUUGGUAACAUUACUCUAAGGGAUGGGGAAGAUAGCACAGUGCAGUUAGACCCGUGCGACUACAUGCAUUGCUCCGACCCUAAGAAACUGGGGUGGGCGGACGCCUACAUAUGCUAUGUCGAAGGCAGUUUUGGUCAAACCGCCAAUCACUGCUCGGGGGGCUGGGCUUUUGUUUUAUGGACCACCGCAUACACCGAUUGGGGUUAUACCCUAUGGGACGACAAAACAAACAUCAAAGGGAGAUUGUCUAUCUCCAAAGUCAAUUCAUCGAGCCCCGUUGUCCUGUUGCAACUACAGGCUGCCCAGAUAUCAGACGGGGGUUAUUAUGUUGUAUUUAUGUAUGUAUCCGGCACCGACCCGUGUGGCACAUUUUACAUAGACAUCGCGCCCAAAACUCAGACCCCCAAAAAGGAUAAACCGCCUUUGACACAAACAUUGACAUCCAUAGGUACAUCUACACUUCUAAAACGUAACCUAUACAUAGGCAAUAACGACCAUAACAACAUUGAUGUGGUUCAGACCAGUAAUGGGAACACCGGUAACGUUUGGUGGCACACUCUGAGAUCAUUCUUGCAGGCCGCAGGACAAAAUGGUUCAUGUUAUGCAUGCACCCUUUUUCCCCAGGACUCAUCAAUGUCAGUGCCAGUUCGUCCGCGCUCUCUGACCCAGGUUGAACACCUCUGUGCGUUUAUGGCUCUGACAAGGCCCAUCAAGGGGGAAGACCGCGUAACCAAGUGGCGUUAUGCCAGGCAGCUUCCCCCACCAUGCAGUAAUAAGUCUAACUCCCUUUUGCGUGCAUAUACGGUUGAUACCACAUACGCAAAGUACCAACCGGUCAGCCAUGUGCACCCCAGCCAUUUGAGAGGGAUGAAACACAGCAUUUGUAUCCAGAGAGUAUACCACAAAACGUCUCUUACACCACCUUAUUUUUCCCUAGGUACUACUACUGGUUGUACUCGUAUCCUACAGAAUACGUGCAGUUACGGUGUUUACAAUAGCUCGUAUUGCAUAUUCAGUGUCCCUGAAAGAAUCCUUUCUAACGUAGCAUUCCCUGAUGUUAACCAUACUUCCCUCCAACUGGCCUGGCCCAGUGAUGCUGGGUUUAGCGCGCCACAAGAUUACAUUUGGUUGUGCGGCAACAAGCUCUAUCAGAUGCUGGCUCCCCUCUGGAUAGGUACAUGCACUCUAGUGGAUUUGAAUCCAGCAGUCACGGUCCUCACGUCCUUAAUGUACACGACACAUCAUUACCCAGAGUUCCAACACCCCGACCACCACAAGGUAAAAAGAGAGCUGACGUCCACUGGAGUUAAAUUCUUUGGCGGCCUGUUCCCAUGGUGGGGUACAGUAAACAAUGCCCAUAAGAUAGAUACCUUACACGUUCGACUAGAGAACCUCACUUACGAGACGACGCAAGGCUUCCAGGCAUUGCCCCCAUUCAUAAUAGCCUCUAGGAAUAUGCUCAUGCAGCACCAAUUUGCUCUUGACCUUUUGUUCGCCUCAAAGGGUGGCCUGUGUCAUGUGAUCGGUGACUCCUGUUGCACUUACAUUCCCGACGCCACCAAGAACAUCACUGAUACCGUGCUGCAUCUUAACAACUUGUUAGCCGACAUGAAAGCGGAUGACAUAUCCAACGCAGGCGGCUGGGACUGGUGGGCCUGGCUUACAUCGGGGGGGUGGCAAGCAUGGCUAGCUAGGAUAGUUACACCCCUGAUAAUCAUUUUCGGCCUAGUAAUCAGUUGUACCUGUUUGAUUAUCCCAAUACUGAAGAAAGGCUUUUCCAGCCUGGUAUCUUUAGCUUUCUACUGCUAUUCCAUUACAAGACAAUCCUUUGCGCCACAGUGAGAUAGACCAGCUAGAAUCAGAAGAGUCUGAUUCCGACACUACAAUAUAAUCAAUAUAAUCAUGUGAAUCGAGUGUACUCUCCUCUUAUGCUUACAUUAUAUUGGAGUCUGUCCUC